AGAAGAAAAUUGAAAUGAUCGACGAAUGAUGUGUAAAAUCAAUCGAAACUUGUACGCAAAUUGUCCACACUUGCAUCCUUGAUCAUUGACUCCGCUGCGGGCACAUGAAUUGGAAGCAAUCGUAGAUGUCAAUAUUCUGUUUCACAUUUCAAUGUUGCUUCCGAAAGCAAGAAAUUGAUCUCGUUGAUUUUGACAUUACCCAUGCGGUAGAUUUCUUUAUUUACACGUGCCACAUUCAUACUACCAUGUUUAACUUCAAAGACCAACAAUCCGUAUUAUCUACCUGUAACAACCUGCUCACACCAUUCAACCGAUUGUGGCUCGUUUAUCAAAAUAUAGUUUCUCCCAAAAUCUUCAGAACAGGACAGGCAUUCACAGACAAAAGUUUAGUAGUCACCUUCUGGGGGAUGUUAUAUUAAAAAGCUGUUUUCUCACAACCGGUGGAGAGCUUAAAGAGUUGGGAGAAUAUAAAGACUGAGAAUGGACGAGUCUACCUGACGCAUUUGUAAUCCCAAAGGCAUUUGUUGGUCGUCAUAGUUGUGAGCACUGAAAAAUCGUGUACAGGUUACAAGAUCCAUCGAAUUUGAUAUGCUUUUUUAAUAAGGAAAUCCUUAAAUGUCAAUUGCUUCUUUAAAAAUUAGGGCUGUGCAGAGAACUUGUCUUUCCUGAUCGAACAAUGGGAUGUCUUUGGCAGUUUUCACGACGAAAGUUUAUUUCUCUUGAGAAAUUAGGAGAGACAAAACUCUCUCGAUGUCUCUCACUUCUUGAUCUUACCGCCCUCGGCAUCGGCUGUACUUUGGGAGCUGGUGUGUAUGUAAUCGCCUGUGAAAUUGCUCGAGAUGUAGCCGGCCCGGCGACAGUGAUUUCGUUUCUUAUCGCUGGUAUUGCCUCUGUCUUGUCAGGACUUUGUUACGCUGAAUUUGGUGCUCGCGUGCCAAAGGCUGGAUCAGCUUACAUCUACAGUUAUGUAACUGUUGGCGAGCUUAUAGCGUUUAUAAUUGGUUGGAAUCUUGUGAUGGAAUAUAUGAUCGGAGCUGCCGCUAUCGGUCGAGCUUGGAGUGCGUAUUUCGAUUCUAUGCUACAUGAUAAAGUUCAACUUUGGGUUUUAGAAAAUAUUGGACCAAUACGGAUCGAUGGACUUGGGGGAUACCCGGAUUUUUUGUCAGCAGGAAUCAUUUUUGUCUUGAUGAUUAUUCAGCUGUUUGGUGUAAAGAAAUCCACCGUGUUCGUUUCUGUCGUGACUUGCGUUAACAUAAUCGUGAUCCUCUUUAUAAUCAUCAUGGGUAUAACUUUAGCUAGACCAGAGUAUUGGUCAGAUUUUAUGCCUUACGGUCCCACAGGAGUAUUGGCUGGUUCGGCUACAGCCUUUUUCGCUUUUGUUGGAUUCGACGUUAUUGCGACUGCUGGCGAAGAAGCCGAGAACCCUAGUAAGACCAUACCACUUUCAAUUAUGUUGGCACUAACGGUUUGUUUCUUGGCAUACUUCGGUGUCUCUGCGGCGGUGACAUUAAUCUGGCCUUAUAACAAGUUGGAUUAUGGCGCGGCCUUACCUAAAGCUUUUGAACACCGAGGAGCAGAUUUUGCAAAAUACAUCAUUGCGGCUGGUGCUCUUUGCGGAAUGACAGCUGCUAUAAAUGGAGGGCUUUUCCCUUUACCUCGCUUACUGUAUGCCAUGGCUAACGACGGAUUAAUUUUUAAGUGCUUUGCGUAUGUAAGUAAAAACACCGAGGUCCCUUUUGUAGGUACUAUUUUCUCCGGGAUUCUCGCGGGUAUACUAGGAAUGAUCUUUGAACUGCAGGCCCUUGUAGAGAUGAUGUCUAUAGGUACCCUCCAAGCAUAUACCAUCGUCUCCACAUCGGUUUUGAUUCUCAGAUAUCAACCUGGGACUGUAGGCUUUGUCAAAAGUUCUGAGGAGCCUGAGUCGAGCUCUGAAUUAAAGGAGCCUCAACAACAACCAACAGAACGGUCAGGGAGGAUUUCAAGAUGUAUCAUAUGGUUCCUUUUCUUUUACUUCUUCGGUCUUAGUGCGUUCUUGAUCAAUGGGCUCAUUCCAAUGUAUGAAGGAGAACUAUGGGCCGUUAUUCUGGCCGUGUUGUUGGUCAUAGCUUUUGUAGCUGCAGUCGUAAUGUUGUCUAUGCAGCCGAAAAGUAUAACGCCAUUACCAUUCAAAGUUCCGCUCGUCCCAGGCCUCCCUUUGUCAUCAAUGUUUAUUAAUAUCUAUUUGAUGAUGGAGCUUAAUCCAGCCACGUGGAUGAGAUUCGCUGUUUGGAUGGCCAUAGGUCUGUCCAUUUACAUUUUCUACGGCCUCCGACACAGCGUGGAAGGGAAGCGACAACAUGAACAAGAGGGAUACGUUCCCUUAGAAAGAAUUGACGGCAAAGAUGAUCAAGAUAAGGAUGUCGAAACUUUAGAGUGAAAUAGCUGAAAAUAAUUAUGAUUCAACAAAAUACAGAGAUCAUAUUGGAGUUUGCAGGGCGUUAGGUUUUACAAAAUUGUCAAUUCCGUUCAAUAUUUGAAGAUUUAUUUGAAAAAGAUCUACAAAUGUAAUGAUACGAAACAUUUCUUUGGUAACACUAAAUAUAGUCAUUAUCAUUUGUUUUAACAUUCUCUUGAUGUUGUCAUGGCAACCAUUCAUUGAUAUCUAACUUUUUCCAAGAAAGACCAAGACAAAUCUUCUCUAAAUGUUAUAGAGUAUGAGUGAACAUAUCUUCAUUACGUCUCAUUCUUCAAUGAAAGGCAUAUUCAAUACUCUUCUAUUAGUUGAAAUUUUUUUCCUGUAGUUGGACUUCCCAAUAAACAAGCUUUAUCAUUCCAACUGUGGAAGAAUGUAUAAGGAGCUUUAGUAGAAAAGAACAAAGUCCGGCAGCCAUGUUUUGAAACUGUUUGUAAGAGAGGAAUCGUGACAGGUUUCAGAAACGAAUUGCACGUAAACAUAACCAUAAAACCCAGUUAAUCAUUUCAGUAUGAAAAUUUAUUAGACUAGUAAUUAUAUGAUAUAGUAAGAGUUUGAGAAAUCAGUAUAUUCUUUAGGUCAGUCGGUCGAGCUACAAACGUUAUAGUGAAAUCUGUGGUAAUCCUGGUGGACCAAUAAAAAGAAAUGAUCCAUACAUAAUAA